AUGAGUCAUACAUUUCGAAUUUGUUUUGUGCAUAAGUUUACAUUUAGAUUUAUAGAGGACAUAACAUUGGUUAACAUGCGUUUUUCCGCACCAUUAUGCAACAAUAUUCAUACACUGACUCCAUCAAACGUCCAAGCCAAUGGACAAAUUUGGCCACAUGUCUUCGUAUCACGUCGUACACGUAUGAUCGAUCAAUUCGUUAAAGAUGCUGGUCAAAUGCGCACAUCGCCACCAUUAACACCGCGUGACAUUGAAUCACGAGUAUUACGGAUUUGCAAUGAAUAUGAUAAAAUCCAAGAAGCAAAUAAAAACAAGAUCACCUUGGUAACUCAUUUUAUGAAUGAUCUUGGUCUUGACAGUCUUGAUCAUGUGGAAAUCAUUGUUGCAUUAGAAAAUGAAUUCGGCUUUGAAAUUCCUGAUGCUGAUUACGAUAAACUCUACACCGUUCAAAACGUGGUUGAUUAUUUAAUUAAGAAAAUGAAUGUUACCGAUCGAUCGAAAACGACUGUUUCAUCUGCACCUGAUCCACGUUACGACGAUCAUCACCAUUGA